GAGUGGCCAUAUUGGGAUCAUUUUUUGUCUGUCUGUUAUCAUUUCUGACUGAAAUGAACCUCUACCACAAAAACUUAAGCUAAGCUUAUCUGUUAAGAAAUUAUUCCAAUGGAUUCGAGCAAUGUCGAAGCAUUUGUGUGCCCAACUCCGUUUGGUCUCAUUGGUCAAGUGAUUUAUUACUUUCCCCUCACCUCUACCGUUUGGAGUUUCACUAGGGGCACAAAGUUGCUCAUGUGUCGAAGCCAUCUAACUGGGUUUCAGAAGAUAUGUUAUUCCACUUGGGUGCCUGUUUUGUCUUAAAUAUUCCUCAUCCUCUGCUGUUAAAUGGGCACGCCUUCAGAUUAAUGUAGAGCAGUCAAAAUUAAAAAUAAGACACUCAUCCCUCAGUAAUUAUAAAUACAAAAUAAAAACAAAGUGAUUCAGUGAGUUUUAGCAAGAAUUUAUUUGCAAAACCAUUCAUGUAGUCUUUAAAACAUACAGAAAAGCUAUCUACUGUCUUAGUCACACUGUAAAUGUUUAAGUUCUGUGUUAUUCUUAAAGAAAUGUUAACUUCAUGUAUAAUCAUAACUGCAAAAAAAAAAAAAAAAAAAAAAUACCCGUUCGCUCCAUGUAAAAGCUACCCGCCUCUGAAAAAAUCAAAAUUGAGAAAAAAACAAAAAAAAAAAAAAUUCGCUCGCUCGCUCCCAUUUUUUUUUGAAAAUUUUCCGAAGAACUAUUAAUUAAUUUGGUAUGGCCAAAGGAGUAUUUGUACGAGAGAAAAUUGCAUAUUUAUUGCCUUUUAUGUUCACACCACCAAUUAUAAAAAAACUUACACACAAUUCUAUGCCGUAACAAGUGACCAGUGAAGCAUUUAAGUACUUCAUCAACAUUAUUUCGAUAUCAAUGUGAGCUUAAUAAUGGAUGCUUAUCGAUGUUCUAUUAAUUUUGAGUUAAUCACUGAAAGGCAAAGUUUAGCUAAAUCACUUAUUGGGAAACCUUCCUCCAGAAAUAAAUCAGAUCAAAAUUAGUAUUGAAAAGCAGGUUUCAUCUAGAAAAAUCAAUACAGUAUACAGACAUUUCGACCGAAGAUCUUCGGUCGAAAUGUCUGUGAAAGAAACGUCAUUGAUUAGGUAUAGUAUUGGCACACAGCGAAAGUACCUUGUUUAUAUAUAACAAUGGUAUUUUUGUCACCAAACUUUUAAUAUCAUUGCGAAAUAUGAAAAUUUCAGAAAUUAUAACCUGAAUGAAUCUGGAUACAAUUAUAUACAUUCUUGAAAUUCAGCUGGUACUUUCAUUUCAUAGUAAUAGCAAGUAAAUCUAUCAAUAAAGUGAUUCGAUGAAUUUAGACUGUAUUUGUAGAUAAUUAACCUUGGGUAGUUUCGAGUAAAUUAAUGUAUGCGUCGCAUCAGCAGCUGUAUCAAAAUAUGUCUAGAGACCGGUUUUAUGAGUUUAAGGUAUAUUGUAAGAGUAAACACUUACCAAAACAUAUCUUAGAAUCAGUUUUAGGAAGAAGCGUAAAUUGAAACAUAGGAACGUAAAUGAUACAGUUAAUACGUAUGCCUAUAGAUUAAUAAAAAAACGAGGAAUAUAUGUUGUGUUAUUUCAUUUCAAAGUGUUUGACACGAAACGUUAUAGACAGAUAUUUCUUAUAAAUUUACAUAAACAGACUUUGAAACGAUCGAUCAAAUAUUACAUAUGAGUAGACACUGACUUUCUUUUUUCUAAAAAUACUACGCUGAGCGGUUACAUUGGUCUUAUUUUUGUCAUGAUUAAUAUACGUUUAUUUCGGAUGUAAAGAACAUCUAUGCAAAACAAUACAUAAUAAAAUCUCUGUAAAUAAUAUCCAUUCAACAGAUUGUUUGCUAACGGUUCAAAAAUAUAUUACGCCAUGUAAUGUAAAUUGUACUUUAAUUCACACACAUAUAUAUAUACGAUUCUUUUUUUUUAAUUCACAAACAGGAUUUCUUACCAGUUCAAGAACCAAAUGAUCUGCCAUGUGAUUGACAAUACAGACAGACAAAAAGAUCAUGGGUGUCGAUAUUGCUACAUACAGAGGACGGAUUGGUACGUUUAGCCAUCAUGUGGGACGUGACGUCAUAACAGUCGUGUGCAUUGUCAAUUUUAGCCAGUUAUUGAAAGGCAUUGGCUGCGUUGCAUUCAUUGGCAUACUUCUCAUUAUUGCUGGCAUUGAACAAAAUCCCGGACCGAAGGAAGAAGAAGAAAGAUCCAUACAUAAAAACGUAUUGACAAAGGUUCUACCGACCUUCACCGAGAAGCUGAAUUUAGAAAAAAUCUUGCUUAGUCUCGUGACGAAAGGCAUAUUUUCAAUCGACCAGCUGCAAGAUAUUACAAAAGAGCAAGCAAUAUCAGACCGUAUGUGCGCUUUUGUAUCUGAAAUAAAUGAAAAUGGUGCAGAGGCUUAUACAGUGUUUAAGACAGCUCUGAAAGAAUCCGACCAAGGAUACCUUGCAGAUUACAUAGAGGAAGUUGAAAAAGAGUUCACUUCUACAGACGGGGACGAAGUGAAUGUAUCAACCAUAGAAAGUUUAACGCCAAAAGAAGAUGAAUCCAUAUUUACAAGCGUUUUGACAAAGGUUCUACCGACUUUCAUCGAGAAGUUGAAUUUAGAUUCAAUAUUGAUUAGUCUCGUGACAAAAGGCAUACUUUCAACCGACCAGCUGAAGGAUAUUACAGAAAAAGAGCAGAUACCAGACCGCAUGCGUGCUUUUGUAUCUGAAAUUAGUAAAAAUGGUGCAGAGGCUUAUAACGUGUUAAAGACUGCUCUGAAAAAAUCCGGCCAAGAAGACCUUGCAAAUUUCUUAGAGGAAGCUGAAAACGAGUUCGCUUCUACAGACGGGGAUGGCAUGAAUUCAAAUGUAUCAAAUUUAUCGGCCACAGAAAGUGUACUACUACAAGUUUCUGCAAACAGACUGACCUCAACGGCAGACCAAGUACAAAAAAGUUCAGACACAUGUUACAAAGACACGAAAGGGGACUCAACUGUAUCAUGGAAUGCUGAUGAAGUAAAACGUAUACUUAACGUGCUCGGUUUGACUGAACAGAUUAAAACAAAGAUACCUAUUUCAGAAGCAAUCCAAAUGGACCUUUCCGAUGACGAAAGCAAAACGUAUGAAUACAACGACAUACCAUUCAUGUUUCUACAAAGGCUUUUGUCUGGUAACAGUGAUGCUAUGGAUUAUGAGUCAUACAGCACCAGGAAAGAAAUUAAUUCAAAAUCAAAAGGAUCAGUGUUUGAUAUGUAUCAACCCCAAGAAAAUUGUAAGAUUAGUCCGUUGGAUUUAUUUUUGUUAGUUUUUCAAUGUUGUGAUCCUAUGCUUAAGCAAUUGUUAGUUCAAAAGCUUUACAUCUGUAAACUUGCUUUACCCUUUAUUUAUAGGGAUUUCCUAUCCACAAACUUUGUUAUGUCCGUCUGGCCACUCCGUUCUCUUGUAAUUGAGACUAGCGAUGUUGUAGGUAAAAUGGUAGAACUUGAGAUACUUGACCUACCGAGUAAUGUCAUUUCUUUUAUUCGUUUCGGAAGACCAGAUUUUUCUAAAUCUAAACUUAUAAAUGGUAUUCUGUGUGAUAAAUGGUGCGAAACAUUCUUUCAUAAAGAUCGACCAUUAGGUAUGAGUACAAGGUAUUGUACCGCUGGUUACGUUGAAAUGUUUGUCCUGCCUGUUAUAUCUGGGGGGAAAAGUAAUUUCAAGCAGCCAAUUCUGCUUUUGAAUUUGAGAGGGGACGUGAAAACAGAUUUUAAAGAGCCCGUUUGUGACAUUGUUUCAAGGGAGUCUGACGUAACAGCAAUAAUUGUUGAUUCAGAUACCUUCGACGAAAAUAGCACUUUGCUAGAAGAAACAGUAAAACGUUUUUCAACAGUUUUAUUAAUUUUUAAUGGGCCACUAGGCCAAUCUAAUGGCAAAACAUAUCGGAUGUUGCAAAAGUUUGAACUUAACAUAAAGAAUUGCAACAAAACAACGGUACGCAUUAUGUCCACAUACUCCGAAAUCAAUGCAAAGAAUUUUAAUGAUAUCAUUACGGAAACGCGAGAAAGGAUAUCUGAAUUGCUUCUUAGUGAUUGGAUUGUCCCUCAAUCUUUACAAGACAGGUUUAGAGCAUCAACUAUAGAAACUGACGAAAGUGAGUGCUGUAAAGAGGCGCGGAAAUCAGCUGACACUAUCAUAGAAUUAAUGGAUGAAAUAUCUUUACCGGAUAAAUGGACUGAACUUGUGACACCAGUUCAAAACAAAAAGUCAAAAGUACUUGGCGAUCUUGUAAAAGAAAGUUAUAGAAAUAAAGACAGUGGCUCAUCUGACGUCAUUAGAACAAGAAUGUCAGAGGUAAGAAAUCUAGAGGAAUAUGACAUAACUUCUUCAAUCAAAUCAUUUUGCCACUGUCUCAUCGAACACCAGAACAAUUUGUCAUACAUUCAUUAUCUUUUGAGGUGGGUGAAGAUACUUCUAGAACGCCGAAAGAGAACCUGUGUGAGGAAAGAUGUCAACUCAUCACUUCCGUGUUCUGACGAUGAAUCGGAUAGAACAAACCUUCCGAAGAACGCGGAUUCUCCGUACCUGGAGAUCGAUCACAUUUUCCGCGAAAUUGGGCAUAUAGCAGAUUUUACUAUAUGCUCUAAAUCAGAUCAUAAAAAUAUAGGCUUUCCACCAAUUCCGGCAUUAGCUAAAAUUGUUGCAACAUUUGUGGCAGGCGGAUAUACGUUAGAAUUGCUCGACGGGAAUAACUUUUAUUUGCCGACUGAAUGGAUCAAAUUAGUACUAACACAUGUGCAUGACCUAAUAGGUGAGCAAAAGGUAUUGACUCUAUCUGUUUUAGGAGUACAGAGUUCUGGAAAAUCAACUUUGCUGAAUACAAUGUUUGGUUUAAAAUUUCCUACAGGCUCUGGCCGAUGUACAAAAGGAAUACAGAUGCAGAUUAUACCAGUGAGGCAAAAGGGUAUUACCGAUCGAAAACACCCAUUUGAAUACGUUCUUCUUAUUGAUACUGAGGGUGUUCGAGCACCAGAACUGGUCGACACACACGCUUGCUACAGAAGAGACAAUGAAAUAUCAACAUUUAUAACCGGUAUAGGGGAUAUUACAUUGCUUAAUGUCAUGGGCGAGAAUUCAAGCGAAAUGCGUGAUAUUCUGCAGAUAUUAGCUCACGCAUUUUUGAGACUGAAACUCGCAAAUAAAAGAUCAGAUAUUCAUAAAAGUUGUUUUUUCAUACAUCAAAACGUAUCUGAUAUGCAAGUUUGUGUUAAAAUGGAACAAGGCUUGUUGCAGUCAGUGAAAACCCUAGACAAAGCAACAGAAGAAGCGGCUAGCUUUGAACGCAUCUCUGGUAUUACUAGAUUUAGUCAGGUGAUUGAAUUUGUUCCAACAUCUCAUGUAUGGUAUCUACCUAAUGCUUGGCAAGGACACCCUCCUGUUGCUAGAGUAAAUCAAAAGUAUUGCGAAAAGUGUGUAGAAUUAAAGUAUCAUCUAGUGAAUAAAUCAAUCGAUAUGCAACAUAAGUCGUUUCUAACUCUUGAAGAUACAAUUGUGCAUAUGAAUGAUUUGUGGAAAGGUGUUCUUGCUGAAAAUUUUGUAUUUUCCUUUCGUAAUAGCAUUGAAAAAAAAGCUAACAUCUUGCUCGAACAGAAACUGAAGAAGGAACUGUGGUCUUUGGAACGUACGUUUGAUGAAUUAAUAUUUCAAAAGGCACAAAACAGUUUUACUCAGUGUGACAAUGUUUCAAGUGUAAUGAAAAGAAAAGCAGAACUAAUAUCGGAGAUGACACAUUCUAUUACAAACCUUAAAUCGAAAACACUUGAAAACAUGGAAAAAUUCUUUAAUGAACACGAUUAUAAAGAUAUUAUGAUAAACUGGAAAGAACAUACUAUUAAGCAUAUACAUACAUUUUGUCUAGAUGUUGUUGACAAUAGUAAGCCGGAUAUUCACAGGUUGUCAACUAAUCGGGAGAUUGAUAUCAUAGUUAGCACACUGCGUAUAAAACACGAAGAAGACCUUCGACGAAAGUCAAUGGAACUUCAAAAAGAACUGAUACCUACAGGAAAGGAUAUCGAUAUUGAAAAAGCAAAUCAAAGGUUUGAGCAAAUAUGGACAACUUUUGUUGAAAAAUCUAUGAGCGCAGACAUCUUCUCCAGUUAUGAGUCAGAAGAUUCAUUAAACAAAUUUUUUCUAGAAUGUCUAAAAGAAAUAUAUAAAGGUCACAUUACAAUACUAGAAUUGUCUCUCAGUAACUACAGCUUUUUAGAGAAAAGUCCUGGAAUAGACAUGUUGUCUGGAUCAUUUGAGAAAACUGGAAUUGAUAUAAACGAUAUAAACCUUGUUUCAGAAAUCAGUAACCAGGAAGAUACAAAAUUUUCUAGAGCAAAGGAAGCAGUAGAAAGUAUAUUUCAUGAUGUUGAUCUAAUUAUCAAACAAGUUUGUCAGGGAAAACAAGAGAUUACAUAUAGGGAUGUAAGACAAUUUCUAAAUAAAGUUGAUAAUUUGAUGACAAAUGCCAAUAGGCGAAAUAACACUUCUUUCACUUUUACGAUUAAAGGUAUAUUAAAGGUUGUUGCUCACGUGAGUUGCUUUUCAUGUUUUCGAUUUAAGGAGGCAAAUACUUUGUAUCAGCAGUCACAAAGUUUAAAAGUCCGCAUAGAAAUGUACAAAGAAAUAGAACGAGAGCGUUUUUUAGCUUAUUUAAUGGAGCGUAAAUCUGAGGAUACUGCCGUUUGUCUGAUGCUGCAUGCAAUUAAAGAAAAUCUUCGUGUGAUUUUGAACAGAAAAAUAUCAAUGAUGGUGAAAUUUGAGUUGUAUGAUAAAUUGCCAUCAUGGAAAUAUGCACUAAUAUUAAACAUGUUAACAGAAUUGUUAAUUGAAGACUCGUUUAACAGUUUUAUGCGUUACAUACUUAGACCUAAAGAUUAUGCAGAAGCUUGGAUACAGCAGAAGGCUGAUCAUAUUCUUUUCUCUGAGGACUCAAGAAUGUAUGAAAAAAUAGCCGAAACUGAAAUUGUUAUAUAUCUGGAUGACAUUGAAAAGAGCCUCUUUGAAAGUAGCAAAUUCUUUUCAGGAGAUACAAGUUCCAUUAAACAAUGGUUUGAACAUUUCAUAUCUCUCCUGACAACAUUGAAACUUCCAAAAGAAUGUUUUUAUGACGCGGAAAAAGAGCUAGAACGAAUAGAUCGUUUAAAUGUUCCGGAAUUUACAGAUAAGAUAAUUGGAAAAUUGCAAAGCAUAUCAGCUUCUCUCCUCAAUGAGUUUAAAGCAACAAAUGAAUUAACAAAAGUUACGUGGAGCGGUUCAAAUCCAAUAAACGAUAUACUUGACAACUUAUGGGGUUGUCCCGAAGCGUGCUUAUUUUGUGGUGAACCUUGCAUACGUGGGUAUACCCAUAAUGUAGAACAAAGCCACAGCUGUGUACAGCAUAGGCCACUAGGAUUGUGCGGAGUAUUUGAUGACACUAAAGAGACGUUAUUUUUAGGAGCAUGCCAUUUUAACGUAAUGGGGGAUGCAGAAGCACCAUGCAAUAUAUUUGAUUUUAAAUGCAACCCAGAAAAGAGAAUUCCAUGCGAGGAAGGAUGGCAUCGAUUUAAAGAUUAUAAAGCAUUUGUUUCUGACUGGGAUAUAGAACCAGAAAGUUGUUUGAAUUCUGAAGAAUUUUGGAGGUGGUUUAUAUGUAGAUAUGAAAAAGACUUAUGCAAAUAUUAUGGGGCGAAAAUGACAAACAUACCAAAAUCGUGGAAAGAUAUAAAAGUUGGAAGCGCAUUCUUACUGUUACAGUUAGCUUAUUGCACCGGCUCUUUGAAAUCGAUUGAAUCGCAAUUGCAAGCUCUAAACACUUGUGUCACCUUCACAUUUCCUGAUAACAGUAAAGAGACGUGUUUAUAACUUAGAAACAAUUUAGUUCGCGGUCAUGGUAAUGCAUUAUUAGUCAGCUGGAAAUACCCUAAAUCACAAAGCUUCUGAUUGUUUGAAAAAUUAUAUGGUAUUCCGCGGUGUAUAUUUUCCAUGUAAAGUGAUCUCCCAUUGGUGUAAAAUAAUUAUGUUGGAUGUGUUUGAAAAUUAUCUUAUUUCAUCAAUUAAAACACUAAUCCAUCGGUACUGUAAACAUUUAUAUGGAACGAUGCAUUUUUGCGUGAGAUAUAUUAAUAUUUUAUCAGUAGAGCAUUUUCUUGAAAAAGAAAAAAUAUAUUACUGCCGAACAACGGGUAACCGAGAUCAAAGCGAAAAAGUGAUAAAAGUGACAGUCAACAUGUACUUUACUUGCAUUAUUUUCGAUAGUUCUUGGAUACAUUACUUGCAAUUUUUUUAUAGUUCUUGGAUAGUUCUUUCAUCCUGAGUUUCAAAAUUUAAAUGUUAGAAAAGACCAAUGAGCCUGGAUUACAAUGUGGGCCUAUUGAAAUUAAGGUAGUUUCAUAUAACCUAUUUGCGCUAUUGCCAGACAAAUAUUUCCUGGUUUAGUACCUUUCAGUUCAAACGAGCUAAUGUGGCGAGACAUGCGUUUCGUUGUAAAAUGUUACUUUCAUUUUAUGUUGUUUUAAUAUCAUAUGUAACGACAGCAUAAUCCUUUCUUAUAAUCAUGUAUUUUUGUAAUUUUUAGCUGCUUCAUGUUUACUUGUGGACGUUUCCAAUAUUAUAUUUCUGGUAGAUAAUGUCUGCUUAUGCUUAAUAUAUAGCCUUUAAUAAUUCUUACCUUGUACAGUUUAUUCUGAAUUUAUUGUUAUUCGUUUAUCAUAUUACUUGUCGCCAUUUAGCCAGAAAUAAAUUAAGCUUUUUAUUGGGGAUGGCAACGAAUAGCAUUUUUUGGUAUUCGAAUAUUCAGGCAACCUUCCGAACGAAUAUUUGAAUAUUCGGUCAUCAACUGAUCAACAAAUCAAUCAAAAUUCUACGUGUUUAUGAUACCCUAAUCCAUCAGCGACAUGUAUUAAUUCUACUUUCGUUUUCACCAGAAGUUUAUCAGACAUUGACGAACUAAAACUGACAAACCGUUCUCAUCGCUUGUUCAUAUUUUGAAAUAUAAAAUAUUCGUCAUUUGCCUUUAUUUACAUAUAAUUUAUACAGGAUUUAUUCAUUUCUUAUAGGGCUGUAGCCCUCGCGGCGUAAGUGAGAUUUCUCCACACAUAUUUCACGUAACCGACUUCGCAUGAAAUUCUUCAAAACGGCAGAGAAAAAAUGACUUAACAUUACGUCUCUUUGUCUGAAACAUGAGUAUUGAUUUAAAAUAAAUUUUACCGAUGAAAAUGCAUUUAUUCGUCAUUUCAAUCAGAUAAUCCGAAUUACGUAAAAGGUGAUAUGCAUCCUAUUUGACUUGUUUUCUAGACUUUUCGUUUAGAUUUUUCCUUACUCAAAUGCAUCUUUUAUCGAGUUUGAUUGAAAUCUGUGUAAUAAGUUUAAGAGAUGUCUGAUCAUUUAUAAUUACACGUGGUUCGCAACUACCGAAAAAAGGUGAGUUGUAACAGAUUUGCCUCAAUUUGUGUCCAUUAAAAUUUUCUGGAGCAAUUACCGGUAUUAACUACCGGGUACACUGUCAUCACAAUAGUGUACAAUCUCGGCACGGUAAUAUACAAAAUGACACGUAGGCAUUUUCGCGCGAAUCUUUAAUGAAAGAGGGUUUUGGAAAAUUAGAUACACGAACAUCUUUUGUUUUAUUUAUUUGACUUUUAUUUGUUUUUGAUGAAAUUAUAUUUUUCCGAAUAUUCGAAUAGUCAAACAGUAUUCGAAUAUUCGUGUAAUGAAUGAAUAUUCGAAUAGUUGCCGUUCGUACAUUUUAUAUUCAUUAUAAGAAUGCACGUUAAAUGUAAAAACGAUUUUUAUAAUACUUUUCUGAAUAAUUUAUACUUUAUUGAAUUACUUCAUACUUUGGUCAAAUUAUCAAAUAUGCCUUUUUCUGGCCUCAAAAAUUUACAGUUGAUGUACAUUUUCCCUUUAAUCCUGUAAUUUCUAUUUUCUUAAAAUACUUGAGUCAGUUUAAUGAAGACUUCAUUAAAAACUUCGGCGAAACCCAGUUGAACUACGAUUAAGAGAAGUCUUAGCGUUUGGUGAAGUCUUACCAUGAUUAAAUAUGUUUUCAUAUUUGCACGUGUACUCGUAAUUAAAGAAAACAUCUAAAACACGAUAACACGCAAAAUGUUUAUCAUUUUGACUCUAUAGACGCUUAUUGAAAUAAAAUAUAGAGUUCUACACAUGCAUAUACACAUACAAGUUUGAAGUGGCCACCUCUCUGCUCUGAUUACGAAAAUAAAAGAAAAAAUCAAUAGAUAUUCACGGACAGAACUAAUGCUUCGUGAAUAAGUUUGUUUGUUUGUUUGUUUUGGGUUUAACGCCGUUUUUCAACAGUAUUUCAGUCAUGUAACGGCGGGCAGUUAACCUAACCAGUGUUCCUGGAUUAUGUACCAGUACAAACCUGUUCUCCGCAAGUAACUGCCAACUUCCCCACAUGAAUCAGAGGUGGAGGACUAAUGAUUUCAGACACAAUGUCGUUUAUCAAAUAGUCACGGAGAACAUACGCCCGCCCGAGGAUCGAACUCACGACCCCGAGAUCCGUAGACCAACGCUCUACCUACUGAGCUAACCGGGCGUGAAUAAGUAGAUUACCUGUCAUGUAACACCGACACUGUAACAUUAACACUAGAUUUUUAUAACUUACGUUGACAACGUGUAACCUGAAGCAAUGCUAAUAAUAAAAUGAAUGUUUAUUUCUUAAAAUUAAAAUAUUUUGUAAUAUAUUGUGUUUUCCAUAAUUUCAAAUUUAGAUUCAUCUGCAUAAAAACAUGUUAGUAAACUCAGUAGAAAGAACAAAGUUCCAGAAUUUGAAUAUUUAUGUUCAAGCAUUGAAGAAGAAUACAGAAAAUUGUGCUGUAACUGACAGCUAUUGAAUAUAGUUAUUUAAAUAUAUAUGUAUGUAUUUAUUUCUCAUAUUUUGUUUAUUCUUGCUACUCAUAUAUAUAUAUAUAUUAUUCGUUGCUAUGUAAUACUAAAUUAUUUCUCAUAGAGAAUGACUUGACUUUGACGUUUGUAUACAUCUGCGGAUGUCUCUAAAUUGCUUUUUGUACUUUUAGCACGUGUAAAUAUUGAGUUCUGCUCAACCCGGGGCUAGAGGGCGUGGACGGUAGCAUGCAUUUCCUCUACUGUCCAUGAACAGGCUCAAUCAAACCGAGCCUGCAACAUUUUUGUUUUUGUCGUGUUGAGCGACCUGUGAAGUUUCCACUUUUCUCUAUUUUGAUAUCAUGCAUUGUGAUAGGAUACGUUCAAUUCAGUAGAAACCUUUUACUGUUAAGUUUUACGAAAUAUUGCAAUAUAUUUUAGCACUCUCAAAGGCAUACGAUCCUAUGUUUAAAUUGCCAUUUUCAUGGGCCGGAAUAUUUAUCAAAGAUCUUCCUGAACGGAAAACGGUCAUUAAUCUGCUGCAAUUGCAUUUAUCAUUUAAAAGAGUGAAAAAGUAAUAAUGUUAAAUAUCACUUAUUUUCUUCUGACAAAAGAAUAUUUCUUAACGAUGUCACAUAAUAUGUGAAUCUAAUCGGACUUCUACAAUAUUUCUAUGUAUAAUAUUGCAAACUGUAUACCGUUGUUAUAUUAUUUCAUAUUUCUUAAUGUUCACAAUCUCUAUAAUGUACAUGUCAAUGUGACCUUUGAUUUAUUAAAAAGUAUAGAUUGUAAACCACUCAGCAUUUGCUAACAUUGCAAUAUCCAGAUUCUACCGUUUUCCUGUGAGGAUACGUUACAAGACCACCAGAGAUUCGACAUGUUUUAAAAUUUCUAUUGCAAAAUAAGUAUUUUUUAAGUCUUGAACAGUUGAAAACUCUAAAAAACCCUGAUUUCUUAAAAAGAGUGUUCUAUUAGUCGUGACUAAAGUGGUAAGGGAGUUAAAUAGUUAUAUUUUAUCAAAUAUUUAAUAGCAGAUAGUAGAUAGUGUCGGUUAAUAUUGUUGAUUUUUAUUUGUAAAGUUCUUUUACAUCUAUGUAGGAGAAACAGUUGUUAAAUAAAUAAUCCACUUUAGAUGAUAUGAUCAAGUCUUGCAAAUGAAAUUCUCCCUCAUCUAAUUUCAAUGCUUUACACAUAUUGUUGUUUUUAUGUAUAAACACUCUUUUUCGUUUUUUCUUUUUUCCUAGGCCCAAGUAUUUUUUUUAUCCUUUAUGACAUACAUACAAUCAUGUUACCUUGUUUUUGUGUAAUUCUAAAGAUCUAUUAGAAUAACAAAAGAUAUGGGUAAGUAUAGAUUUCUCGGAAGCACAUAGCAUCACAAACACAGAAAACAGAAAUUAUAUUUUUGAGAUGCACAAAACAUUUGCAAUUCUUUCCUAUUCAAUUCUGUUUAUAAACGAGUUUUAUUAUGUCAAAAAGUUAAUCCACUUUGCAUGAUAAGACACUAAAAGUGCGAAAAAUAUGUAAAGGUAACACCAUAAAAAAUAAAAGGAGAGAAAGAAAACAUAAACCAUACCCAUGUGCGCUCACUAUUAAUUUUAAAUAGUUUUUUCCCUCAAUAUUUCUUGCAUGCGUCUCUUUUCUGUACAUAGUAAGGAUACAUAAUAUAGAUUGAGAAAGACCAUUUCUUAGAAUGAUAGUCAAAUUUAUUCUGCAUAUUCUAUUUCUUUAGCUAGACAAAUUCUGACAUUUAAAGAGGAUAAAAAUUGGUUCUAUACUUUCCACUUGCAUAUUACAAAAAUCACAUACGUUUGUUUUAGACAAUUUCACUUUGAAAAAAUACUUAUUAGUUGGAACUAUAUGCAUUAAAAUUUAUACUGGAAGUUUCUAAGUUUUGUGUCUAUCAUUGCUUUAAAAAUUUGUCCAUAAACUAUGUUCCAUUUUAUGUUAUUGUCUUCAAGAAUAGUUCUCCAUUUCUUUUCAGACCUGAUUUCUAGUUUUUGAUUUACGUUUAAUUGUUUGGUGUAUAGUAUUUUGUUUGCUGAUUUUGCUGUCGAAACUUUAUUUAGCAAAUAGUCUGUUGGAGUGUAGAUAAAUGAUUUCUUUGUGUAAUUGUUUUAGGUCUGGCUUACUGCUGGUGAUAAUUUGAUUAUAUUUUAGAAAUUUAAUAUUUUCUAGACUGCAUAAGUACUCGAUUGUUCAAAAGAAUAAAAAUAAUUUUUCCUGAAAUCAAAUAAAUGUGCUAAAAACUUCAAUUCUUUUUCAUACCAUUCCUUGUAAUUAAACAACUUAUUUCCAUUCCUUAUGCCAGAGUUAUUUGAGAUUAUCUGUUUUCCACUAAUGUCAUUUAUUUCGACCUUUUAAUGGUAUGCAAUGCAAUAAGAACAUCUUUAAGAAACACAUUUCUUUUACAUAUGUUUUCAAUGUCUCUAUAAUUCAAAAUAUAUCCAAAUACUAACAUUCCCCCUGUAGUGUUAACAACUGCAUUGUAAAAUGUACACCAAAGCACACUUUCGCUUUUACUCAACAUGCUUUUAUUGUGUAAAAGCAGAGAUGAUAAUGGACAUCCUUGUCUUACACCCCUCUUUAUUGGAAAUAGUUCGGACAAACUUCCGUUAUUUAUAACUUCGCUACUUAUAUCACUGUAAAAUAAUUUUACACAAUCUGUAAAAGAAACACCAAAAUGUAAGUCACUGUGGUAUAAGCACUGAAACGUGAAAGCGUGGUCGAUGCUAUCAAAUGCCUUUGUCAAAAUCUGCAAACAGAAGUAGGCCGGGUUCAUUUUUGAUUUGUAAAUAUCAAUAGUUUCAAAUAGUAACCUAAUAUUUUCACCGAAGUAUCUCUCUUACUUCUUUCAGUAAAUAUAAACAAAUGCUCAUGUAUAAUAUCUUGUAAUAAUUAUGAUUUGUACCUGUGAUAAGGCUACAACAAUUCUGAUAUAAGUAUAUAUUUGUAAUAUUUUAUGUUUUAAUAUUGUAUUGUACAUAGUAAAGACUGAAAUAAAGAAAUCAGUACUAGUGUAACACCAAAAUUAUAUAAAGACUUUAUUUCGCUUAAACAGUGUCAAAGUUGUGAUAACAUUGUAUGUAUGUACUGUCUAUUACAUCAUCUUUUUGUAAUUCGAGCUAUUUUUGUUAAUAGAUUUUAUACAGUUGUGUAUUUUGUAUCGCAAUGUAAACUCUUAAACAGAACAGAAAGAGGUACGGUUAACACAUUUAUAAAUGUGUAUUUGCACAUGCACAUAUAUGAAUUAUUACAGUUUAUCUAUAUACUUGUAUGGUUUUGUUGAUAUACUAAUCAAAUCACGGUAAAAUA